AUGCUUGAGUUGAAGGGAGGGUUAUUGGAUGACGAGGGUGGGGAGGGAGCGGGCGAGUCCCAUGUUGGCGGGGUUGGCAUCAGCAAGCAGUGGAGCAUAGACUGCAGGGAGAGGGAGGAGGGAAGGGGUAGGGGGAAAGAAGUAGGAGGGUUUAACGGGGAGGGAAGGGGGAGGGGUAUAGCAGGGAAAAGAAGGGUGAUGGCGCUGGUGCCUGCCUGUAGGGGCGCCACUGCUGAGGGUUACCUAUGGGAGGGCCAGAGGGGCAUAGACUGCAGGUACAAAACGAGUGAAUUGCUGUUUGACACAUGUGUGAUUUCCUGCUCGAGUCAAACUGCGCACACAUGCCUCAGUGGGUGUGCGCUGGAGCUGGUGGUUGGCAACUCACUUGUGUUAUCGACGGGGUCGACGAGGCCUAGGGAGAGCACCCGAGGGUCCAUGGCCGCUGCCAGCAAGCGUGUGUUGACCCGACUCAAAACACAUAUGUCUCACGGGUGUGCGCUGGAGCUGGUGGUUGGCAGCUCACUUGUGUUAUCGACGGGGUCGACGAGGCCUAGGGAGAGCACCCGAGGGUCCAUGGCCGCUGCCAGCAAGCGUGUGUUGACCCGACUCAAAACACAUAUGUCUCACGGGUGUGCGCUGGAGCUGGUGGUUGGCAGCUCACUUGUGUUAUCGACGGGGUCGACGAGGCCUAGGGAGAGCACCCGAGGGUCCAUGGCCGCUGCCAGCAAGCGUGUGUUGACCCGACUCAAAACACAUAUGUCUCACGGGUGUGCGCUGGAGCUGGUGGUUGGCAGCUCACUUGUGUUAUCGACGGGGUCGACGAGGCCUAGGGAGAGCACCCGAGGGUCCAUGGCCGCUGCCAGCAAGCGUGUGUUGACCCGACUCAAAACACAUAUGUCUCACGGGUGUGCGCUGGAGCUGGUGGUUGGCAACUCACUUGUGUUAUCGACGGGGUCGACGAGGCCUAGGGAGAGCACCCGAGGGUCCAUGGCCGCUGCCAGCAAGCGUGUGUUGACCCGACUCAAAACACAUAUGUCUCACGGGUGUGCGCUGGAGCUGGUGGUUGGCAACUCACUUGUGUUAUCGACGGGGUCGACGAGGCCUAGGGAGAGCACCCGAGGGUCCAUGGCCGCUGCCAGCAAGCGUGUGUUGACCCGACUCAAAACACAUAUGUCUCACGGGUGUGCGCUGGAGCUGGUGGUUGGCAACUCACUUGUGUUAUCGACGGGGUCGACGAGGCCUAGGGAGAGCACCCGAGGGUCCAUGGCCGCUGCCAGCAAGCGUGUGUUGACCCGACUCAAAACACAUAUGUCUCACGGGUGUGCGCUGGAGCUGGUGGUUGGCAGCUCACUUGUGUUAUCGACGGGGUCGACGAGGCCUAGGGAGAGCACCCGAGGGUCCAUGGCCGCUGCCAGCAAGCGUGUGUUGACCCGACUCAAAACACAUAUGUCUCACGGGUGUGCGCUGGAGCUGGUGGUUGGCAACUCACUUGUGUUAUCGACGGGGUCGACGAGGCCUAGGGAGAGCACCCGAGGGUCCAUGGCCGCUGCCAGCAAGCGUGUGUUGACCCGACUCAAAACACAUAUGUCUCACGGGUGUGCGCUGGAGCUGGUGGUUGGCAGCUCACUUGUGUUAUCGACGGGGUCGACGAGGCCUAGGGAGAGCACCCGAGGGUCCAUGGCCGCUGCCAGCAAGCGUGUGUUGACCCGACUCAAAACACAUAUGUCUCACGGGUGUGCGCUGGAGCUGGUGGUUGGCAACUCACUUGUGUUAUCGACGGGGUCGACGAGGCCUAGGGAGAGCACCCGAGGGUCCAUGGCCGCUGCCAGCAAGCGUGUGUUGACCCGACUCAAAACACAUAUGUCUCACGGGUGUGCGCUGGAGCUGGUGGUUGGCAACUCACUUGUGUUAUCGACGGGGUCGACGAGGCCUAGGGAGAGCACCCGAGGGUCCAUGGCCGCUGCCAGCAAGCGUGUGUUGACCCGACUCAAAACACAUAUGUCUCACGGGUGUGCGCUGGAGCUGGUGGUUGGCAGCUCACUUGUGUUAUCGACGGGGUCGACGAGGCCUAGGGAGAGCACCCGAGGGUCCAUGGCCGCUGCCAGCAAGCGUGUGUUGACCCGACUCAAAACACAUAUGUCUCACGGGUGUGCGCUGGAGCUGGUGGUUGGCAACUCACUUGUGUUAUCGACGGGGUCGACGAGGCCUAGGGAGAGCACCCGAGGGUCCAUGGCCGCUGCCAGCAAGCGUGUGUUGACCCGACUCAAAACACAUAUGUCUCACGGGUGUGCGCUGGAGCUGGUGGUUGGCAACUCACUUGUGUUAUCGACGGGGUCGACGAGGCCUAGGGAGAGCACCCGAGGGUCCAUGGCCGCUGCCAGCAAGCGUGUGUUGACCCGACUCAAAACACAUAUGUCUCACGGGUGUGCGCUGGAGCUGGUGGUUGGCAACUCACUUGUGUUAUCGACGGGGUCGACGAGGCCUAGGGAGAGCACCCGAGGGUCCAUGGCCGCUGCCAGCAAGCGUGUGUUGACCCGACUCAAAACACAUAUGUCUCACGGGUGUGCGCUGGAGCUGGUGGUUGGCAGCUCACUUGUGUUAUCGACGGGGUCGACGAGGCCUAGGGAGAGCACCCGAGGGUCCAUGGCCGCUGCCAGCAAGCGUGUGUUGACCCGACUCAAAACACAUAUGUCUCACGGGUGUGCGCUGGAGCUGGUGGUUGGCAACUCACUUGUGUUAUCGACGGGGUCGACGAGGCCUAGGGAGAGCACCCGAGGGUCCAUGGCCGCUGCCAGCAAGCGUGUGUUGACCCGACUCAAAACACAUAUGUCUCACGGGUGUGCGCUGGAGCUGGUGGUUGGCAGCUCACUUGUGUUAUCGACGGGGUCGACGAGGCCUAGGGAGAGCACCCGAGGGUCCAUGGCCGCUGCCAGCAAGCGUGUGUUGACCCGACUCAAAACACAUAUGUCUCACGGGUGUGCGCUGGAGCUGGUGGUUGGCAACUCACUUGUGUUAUCGACGGGGUCGACGAGGCCUAGGGAGAGCACCCGAGGGUCCAUGGCCGCUGCCAGCAAGCGUGUGUUGACCCGACUCAAAACACAUAUGUCUCACGGGUGUGCGCUGGAGCUGGUGGUUGGCAACUCACUUGUGUUAUCGACGGGGUCGACGAGGCCUAGGGAGAGCACCCGAGGGUCCAUGGCCGCUGCCAGCAAGCGUGUGUUGACCCGACUCAAAACACAUAUGUCUCACGGGUGUGCGCUGGAGCUGGUGGUUGGCAGCUCACUUGUGUUAUCGACGGGGUCGACGAGGCCUAGGGAGAGCACCCGAGGGUCCAUGGCCGCUGCCAGCAAGCGUGUGUUGACCCGACUCAAAACACAUAUGUCUCACGGGUGUGCGCUGGAGCUGGUGGUUGGCAGCUCACUUGUGUUAUCGACGGGGUCGACGAGGCCUAGGGAGAGCACCCGAGGGUCCAUGGCCGCUGCCAGCAAGCGUGUGUUGACCCGACUCAAAACACAUAUGUCUCACGGGUGUGCGCUGGAGCUGGUGGUUGGCAACUCACUUGUGUUAUCGACGGGGUCGACGAGGCCUAGGGAGAGCACCCGAGGGUCCAUGGCCGCUGCCAGCAAGCGUGUGUUGACCCGACUCAAAACACAUAUGUCUCACGGGUGUGCGCUGGAGCUGGUGGUUGGCAACUCACUUGUGUUAUCGACGGGGUCGACGAGGCCUAGGGAGAGCACCCGAGGGUCCAUGGCCGCUGCCAGCAAGCGUGUGUUGACCCGACUCAAAACACAUAUGUCUCACGGGUGUGCGCUGGAGCUGGUGGUUGGCAACUCACUUGUGUUAUCGACGGGGUCGACGAGGCCUAGGGAGAGCACCCGAGGGUCCAUGGCCGCUGCCAGCAAGCGUGUGUUGACCCGACUCAAAACACAUAUGUCUCACGGGUGUGCGCUGGAGCUGGUGGUUGGCAACUCACUUGUGUUAUCGACGGGGUCGACGAGGCCUAGGGAGAGCACCCGAGGGUCCAUGGCCGCUGCCAGCAAGCGUGUGUUGACCCGACUCAAAACACAUAUGUCUCACGGGUGUGCGCUGGAGCUGGUGGUUGGCAACUCACUUGUGUUAUCGACGGGGUCGACGAGGCCUAGGGAGAGCACCCGAGGGUCCAUGGCCGCUGCCAGCAAGCGUGUGUUGACCCGACUCAAAACACAUAUGUCUCACGGGUGUGCGCUGGAGCUGGUGGUUGGCAACUCACUUGUGUUAUCGACGGGGUCGACGAGGCCUAGGGAGAGCACCCGAGGGUCCAUGGCCGCUGCCAGCAAGCGUGUGUUGACCCGACUCAAAACACAUAUGUCUCACGGGUGUGCGCUGGAGCUGGUGGUUGGCAACUCACUUGUGUUAUCGACGGGGUCGACGAGGCCUAGGGAGAGCACCCGAGGGUCCAUGGCCGCUGCCAGCAAGCGUGUGUUGACCCGACUCAAAACACAUAUGUCUCACGGGUGUGCGCUGGAGCUGGUGGUUGGCAACUCACUUGUGUUAUCGACGGGGUCGACGAGGCCUAGGGAGAGCACCCGAGGGUCCAUGGCCGCUGCCAGCAAGCGUGUGUUGACCCGACUCAAAACACAUAUGUCUCACGGGUGUGCGCUGGAGCUGGUGGUUGGCAGCUCACUUGUGUUAUCGACGGGGUCGACGAGGCCUAGGGAGAGCACCCGAGGGUCCAUGGCCGCUGCCAGCAAGCGUGUGUUGACCCGACUCAAAACACAUAUGUCUCACGGGUGUGCGCUGGAGCUGGUGGUUGGCAACUCACUUGUGUUAUCGACGGGGUCGACGAGGCCUAGGGAGAGCACCCGAGGGUCCAUGGCCGCUGCCAGCAAGCGUGUGUUGACCCGACUCAAAACACAUAUGUCUCACGGGUGUGCGCUGGAGCUGGUGGUUGGCAGCUCACUUGUGUUAUCGACGGGGUCGACGAGGCCUAGGGAGAGCACCCGAGGGUCCAUGGCCGCUGCCAGCAAGCGUGUGUUGACCCGACUCAAAACACAUAUGUCUCAUGGGUGUGCGCUGGAGCUGGUGGUUGGCAACUCACUUGUGUUAUCGACGGGGUCGACGAGGCCUAGGGAGAGCACCCGAGGGUCCAUGGCCGCUGCCAGCAAGCGUGUGUUGACCCGACUCAAAACACAUAUGUCUCACGGGUGUGCGCUGGAGCUGGUGGUUGGCAACUCACUUGUGUUAUCGACGGGGUCGACGAGGCCUAGGGAGAGCACCCGAGGGUCCAUGGCCGCUGCCAGCAAGCGUGUGUUGACCCGACUCAAAACACAUAUGUCUCACGGGUGUGCGCUGGAGCUGGUGGUUGGCAGCUCACUUGUGUUAUCGACGGGGUCGACGAGGCCUAGGGAGAGCACCCGAGGGUCCAUGGCCGCUGCCAGCAAGCGUGUGUUGACCCGACUCAAAACACAUAUGUCUCACGGGUGUGCGCUGGAGCUGGUGGUUGGCAACUCACUUGUGUUAUCGACGGGGUCGACGAGGCCUAGGGAGAGCACCCGAGGGUCCAUGGCCGCUGCCAGCAAGCGUGUGUUGACCCGACUCAAAACACAUAUGUCUCACGGGUGUGCGCUGGAGCUGGUGGUUGGCAGCUCACUUGUGUUAUCGACGGGGUCGACGAGGCCUAGGGAGAGCACCCGAGGGUCCAUGGCCGCUGCCAGCAAGCGUGUGUUGACCCGACUCAAAACACAUAUGUCUCACGGGUGUGCGCUGGAGCUGGUGGUUGGCAACUCACUUGUGUUAUCGACGGGGUCGACGAGGCCUAGGGAGAGCACCCGAGGGUCCAUGGCCGCUGCCAGCAAGCGUGUGUUGACCCGACUCAAAACACAUAUGUCUCACGGGUGUGCGCUGGAGCUGGUGGUUGGCAGCUCACUUGUGUUAUCGACGGGGUCGACGAGGCCUAGGGAGAGCACCCGAGGGUCCAUGGCCGCUGCCAGCAAGCGUGUGUUGACCCGACUCAAAACACAUAUGUCUCACGGGUGUGCGCUGGAGCUGGUGGUUGGCAACUCACUUGUGUUAUCGACGGGGUCGACGAGGCCUAGGGAGAGCACCCGAGGGUCCAUGGCCGCUGCCAGCAAGCGUGUGUUGACCCGACUCAAAACACAUAUGUCUCACGGGUGUGCGCUGGAGCUGGUGGUUGGCAGCUCACUUGUGUUAUCGACGGGGUCGACGAGGCCUAGGGAGAGCACCCGAGGGUCCAUGGCCGCUGCCAGCAAGCGUGUGUUGACCCGACUCAAAACACAUAUGUCUCACGGGUGUGCGCUGGAGCUGGUGGUUGGCAGCUCACUUGUGUUAUCGACGGGGUCGACGAGGCCUAGGGAGAGCACCCGAGGGUCCAUGGCCGCUGCCAGCAAGCGUGUGUUGACCCGACUCAAAACACAUAUGUCUCACGGGUGUGCGCUGGAGCUGGUGGUUGGCAGCUCACUUGUGUUAUCGACGGGGUCGACGAGGCCUAGGGAGAGCACCCGAGGGUCCAUGGCCGCUGCCAGCAAGCGUGUGUUGACCCGACUCAAAACACAUAUGUCUCACGGGUGUGCGCUGGAGCUGGUGGUUGGCAACUCACUUGUGUUAUCGACGGGGUCGACGAGGCCUAGGGAGAGCACCCGAGGGUCCAUGGCCGCUGCCAGCAAGCGUGUGUUGACCCGACUCAAAACACAUAUGUCUCACGGGUGUGCGCUGGAGCUGGUGGUUGGCAGCUCACUUGUGUUAUCGACGGGGUCGACGAGGCCUAGGGAGAGCACCCGAGGGUCCAUGGCCGCUGCCAGCAAGCGUGUGUUGACCCGACUCAAAACACAUAUGUCUCACGGGUGUGCGCUGGAGCUGGUGGUUGGCAACUCACUUGUGUUAUCGACGGGGUCGACGAGGCCUAGGGAGAGCACCCGAGGGUCCAUGGCCGCUGCCAGCAAGCGUGUGUUGACCCGACUCAAAACACAUAUGUCUCACGGGUGUGCGCUGGAGCUGGUGGUUGGCAGCUCACUUGUGUUAUCGACGGGGUCGACGAGGCCUAGGGAGAGCACCCGAGGGUCCAUGGCCGCUGCCAGCAAGCGUGUGUUGACCCGACUCAAAACACAUAUGUCUCAUGGGUGUGCGCUGGAGCUGGUGGUUGGCAACUCACUUGUGUUAUCGACGGGGUCGACGAGGCCUAGGGAGAGCACCCGAGGGUCCAUGGCCGCUGCCAGCAAGCGUGUGUUGACCCGACUCAAAACACAUAUGUCUCACGGGUGUGCGCUGGAGCUGGUGGUUGGCAACUCACUUGUGUUAUCGACGGGGUCGACGAGGCCUAGGGAGAGCACCCGAGGGUCCAUGGCCGCUGCCAGCAAGCGUGUGUUGACCCGACUCAAAACACAUAUGUCUCACGGGUGUGCGCUGGAGCUGGUGGUUGGCAACUCACUUGUGUUAUCGACGGGGUCGACGAGGCCUAGGGAGAGCACCCGAGGGUCCAUGGCCGCUGCCAGCAAGCGUGUGUUGACCCGACUCAAAACACAUAUGUCUCACGGGUGUGCGCUGGAGCUGGUGGUUGGCAGCUCACUUGUGUUAUCGACGGGGUCGACGAGGCCUAGGGAGAGCACCCGAGGGUCCAUGGCCGCUGCCAGCAAGCGUGUGUUGACCCGACUCAAAACACAUAUGUCUCACGGGUGUGCGCUGGAGCUGGUGGUUGGCAACUCACUUGUGUUAUCGACGGGGUCGACGAGGCCUAGGGAGAGCACCCGAGGGUCCAUGGCCGCUGCCAGCAAGCGUGUGUUGACCCGACUCAAAACACAUAUGUCUCACGGGUGUGCGCUGGAGCUGGUGGUUGGCAGCUCACUUGUGUUAUCGACGGGGUCGACGAGGCCUAGGGAGAGCACCCGAGGGUCCAUGGCCGCUGCCAGCAAGCGUGUGUUGACCCGACUCAAAACACAUAUGUCUCACGGGUGUGCGCUGGAGCUGGUGGUUGGCAACUCACUUGUGUUAUCGACGGGGUCGACGAGGCCUAGGGAGAGCACCCGAGGGUCCAUGGCCGCUGCCAGCAAGCGUGUGUUGACCCGACUCAAAACACAUAUGUCUCACGGGUGUGCGCUGGAGCUGGUGGUUGGCAGCUCACUUGUGUUAUCGACGGGGUCGACGAGGCCUAGGGAGAGCACCCGAGGGUCCAUGGCCGCUGCCAGCAAGCGUGUGUUGACCCGACUCAAAACACAUAUGUCUCACGGGUGUGCGCUGGAGCUGGUGGUUGGCAACUCACUUGUGUUAUCGACGGGGUCGACGAGGCCUAGGGAGAGCACCCGAGGGUCCAUGGCCGCUGCCAGCAAGCGUGUGUUGACCCGACUCAAAACACAUAUGUCUCACGGGUGUGCGCUGGAGCUGGUGGUUGGCAGCUCACUUGUGUUAUCGACGGGGUCGACGAGGCCUAGGGAGAGCACCCGAGGGUCCAUGGCCGCUGCCAGCAAGCGUGUGUUGACCCGACUCAAAACACAUAUGUCUCACGGGUGUGCGCUGGAGCUGGUGGUUGGCAACUCACUUGUGUUAUCGACGGGGUCGACGAGGCCUAGGGAGAGCACCCGAGGGUCCAUGGCCGCUGCCAGCAAGCGUGUGUUGACCCGACUCAAAACACAUAUGUCUCACGGGUGUGCGCUGGAGCUGGUGGUUGGCAACUCACUUGUGUUAUCGACGGGGUCGACGAGGCCUAGGGAGAGCACCCGAGGGUCCAUGGCCGCUGCCAGCAAGCGUGUGUUGACCCGACUCAAAACACAUAUGUCUCACGGGUGUGCGCUGGAGCUGGUGGUUGGCAGCUCACUUGUGUUAUCGACGGGGUCGACGAGGCCUAGGGAGAGCACCCGAGGGUCCAUGGCCGCUGCCAGCAAGCGUGUGUUGACCCGACUCAAAACACAUAUGUCUCACGGGUGUGCGCUGGAGCUGGUGGUUGGCAACUCACUUGUGUUAUCGACGGGGUCGACGAGGCCUAGGGAGAGCACCCGAGGGUCCAUGGCCGCUGCCAGCAAGCGUGUGUUGACCCGACUCAAAACACAUAUGUCUCACGGGUGUGCGCUGGAGCUGGUGGUUGGCAGCUCACUUGUGUUAUCGACGGGGUCGACGAGGCCUAGGGAGAGCACCCGAGGGUCCAUGGCCGCUGCCAGCAAGCGUGUGUUGACCCGACUCAAAACACAUAUGUCUCACGGGUGUGCGCUGGAGCUGGUGGUUGGCAACUCACUUGUGUUAUCGACGGGGUCGACGAGGCCUAGGGAGAGCACCCGAGGGUCCAUGGCCGCUGCCAGCAAGCGUGUGUUGACCCGACUCAAAACACAUAUGUCUCACGGGUGUGCGCUGGAGCUGGUGGUUGGCAGCUCACUUGUGUUAUCGACGGGGUCGACGAGGCCUAGGGAGAGCACCCGAGGGUCCAUGGCCGCUGCCAGCAAGCGUGUGUUGACCCGACUCAAAACACAUAUGUCUCACGGGUGUGCGCUGGAGCUGGUGGUUGGCAACUCACUUGUGUUAUCGACGGGGUCGACGAGGCCUAGGGAGAGCACCCGAGGGUCCAUGGCCGCUGCCAGCAAGCGUGUGUUGACCCGACUCAAAACACAUAUGUCUCACGGGUGUGCGCUGGAGCUGGUGGUUGGCAACUCACUUGUGUUAUCGACGGGGUCGACGAGGCCUAGGGAGAGCACCCGAGGGUCCAUGGCCGCUGCCAGCAAGCGUGUGUUGACCCGACUCAAAACACAUAUGUCUCACGGGUGUGCGCUGGAGCUGGUGGUUGGCAACUCACUUGUGUUAUCGACGGGGUCGACGAGGCCUAGGGAGAGCACCCGAGGGUCCAUGGCCGCUGCCAGCAAGCGUGUGUUGACCCGACUCAAAACACAUAUGUCUCACGGGUGUGCGCUGGAGCUGGUGGUUGGCAGCUCACUUGUGUUAUCGACGGGGUCGACGAGGCCUAGGGAGAGCACCCGAGGGUCCAUGGCCGCUGCCAGCAAGCGUGUGUUGACCCGACUCAAAACACAUAUGUCUCACGGGUGUGCGCUGGAGCUGGUGGUUGGCAACUCACUUGUGUUAUCGACGGGGUCGACGAGGCCUAGGGAGAGCACCCGAGGGUCCAUGGCCGCUGCCAGCAAGCGUGUGUUGACCCGACUCAAAACACAUAUGUCUCACGGGUGUGCGCUGGAGCUGGUGGUUGGCAGCUCACUUGUGUUAUCGACGGGGUCGACGAGGCCUAGGGAGAGCACCCGAGGGUCCAUGGCCGCUGCCAGCAAGCGUGUGUUGACCCGACUCAAAACACAUAUGUCUCACGGGUGUGCGCUGGAGCUGGUGGUUGGCAACUCACUUGUGUUAUCGACGGGGUCGACGAGGCCUAGGGAGAGCACCCGAGGGUCCAUGGCCGCUGCCAGCAAGCGUGUGUUGACCCGACUCAAAACACAUAUGUCUCACGGGUGUGCGCUGGAGCUGGUGGUUGGCAGCUCACUUGUGUUAUCGACGGGGUCGACGAGGCCUAGGGAGAGCACCCGAGGGUCCAUGGCCGCUGCCAGCAAGCGUGUGUUGACCCGACUCAAAACACAUAUGUCUCACGGGUGUGCGCUGGAGCUGGUGGUUGGCAACUCACUUGUGUUAUCGACGGGGUCGACGAGGCCUAGGGAGAGCACCCGAGGGUCCAUGGCCGCUGCCAGCAAGCGUGUGUUGACCCGACUCAAAACACAUAUGUCUCACGGGUGUGCGCUGGAGCUGGUGGUUGGCAACUCACUUGUGUUAUCGACGGGGUCGACGAGGCCUAGGGAGAGCACCCGAGGGUCCAUGGCCGCUGCCAGCAAGCGUGUGUUGACCCGACUCAAAACACAUAUGUCUCACGGGUGUGCGCUGGAGCUGGUGGUUGGCAGCUCACUUGUGUUAUCGACGGGGUCGACGAGGCCUAGGGAGAGCACCCGAGGGUCCAUGGCCGCUGCCAGCAAGCGUGUGUUGACCCGACUCAAAACACAUAUGUCUCACGGGUGUGCGCUGGAGCUGGUGGUUGGCAGCUCACUUGUGUUAUCGACGGGGUCGACGAGGCCUAGGGAGAGCACCCGAGGGUCCAUGGCCGCUGCCAGCAAGCGUGUGUUGACCCGACUCAAAACACAUAUGUCUCACGGGUGUGCGCUGGAGCUGGUGGUUGGCAACUCACUUGUGUUAUCGACGGGGUCGACGAGGCCUAGGGAGAGCACCCGAGGGUCCAUGGCCGCUGCCAGCAAGCGUGUGUUGACCCGACUCAAAACACAUAUGUCUCACGGGUGUGCGCUGGAGCUGGUGGUUGGCAACUCACUUGUGUUAUCGACGGGGUCGACGAGGCCUAGGGAGAGCACCCGAGGGUCCAUGGCCGCUGCCAGCAAGCGUGUGUUGACCCGACUCAAAACACAUAUGUCUCACGGGUGUGCGCUGGAGCUGGUGGUUGGCAACUCACUUGUGUUAUCGACGGGGUCGACGAGGCCUAGGGAGAGCACCCGAGGGUCCAUGGCCGCUGCCAGCAAGCGUGUGUUGACCCGACUCAAAACACAUAUGUCUCACGGGUGUGCGCUGGAGCUGGUGGUUGGCAACUCACUUGUGUUAUCGACGGGGUCGACGAGGCCUAGGGAGAGCACCCGAGGGUCCAUGGCCGCUGCCAGCAAGCGUGUGUUGACCCGACUCAAAACACAUAUGUCUCACGGGUGUGCGCUGGAGCUGGUGGUUGGCAGCUCACUUGUGUUAUCGACGGGGUCGACGAGGCCUAGGGAGAGCACCCGAGGGUCCAUGGCCGCUGCCAGCAAGCGUGUGUUGACCCGACUCAAAACACAUAUGUCUCACGGGUGUGCGCUGGAGCUGGUGGUUGGCAACUCACUUGUGUUAUCGACGGGGUCGACGAGGCCUAGGGAGAGCACCCGAUGGUCCAUGGCCGCUGCCAGCAAGCGUGUGUUGACCCGACUCAAAACACAUAUGUCUCACGGGUGUGCGCUGGAGCUGGUGGUUGGCAACUCACUUGUGUUAUCGACGGGGUCGACGAGGCCUAGGGAGAGCACCCGAGGGUCCAUGGCCGCUGCCAGCAAGCGUGUGUUGACCCGACUCAAAACACAUAUGUCUCACGGGUGUGCGCUGGAGCUGGUGGUUGGCAACUCACUUGUGUUAUCGACGGGGUCGACGAGGCCUAGGGAGAGCACCCGAGGGUCCAUGGCCGCUGCCAGCAAGCGUGUGUUGACCCGACUCAAAACACAUAUGUCUCACGGGUGUGCGCUGGAGCUGGUGGUUGGCAACUCACUUGUGUUAUCGACGGGGUCGACGAGGCCUAGGGAGAGCACCCGAGGGUCCAUGGCCGCUGCCAGCAAGCGUGUGUUGACCCGACUCAAAACACAUAUGUCUCACGGGUGUGCGCUGGAGCUGGUGGUUGGCAGCUCACUUGUGUUAUCGACGGGGUCGACGAGGCCUAGGGAGAGCACCCGAGGGUCCAUGGCCGCUGCCAGCAAGCGUGUGUUGACCCGACUCAAAACACAUAUGUCUCACGGGUGUGCGCUGGAGCUGGUGGUUGGCAGCUCACUUGUGUUAUCGACGGGGUCGACGAGGCCUAGGGAGAGCACCCGAGGGUCCAUGGCCGCUGCCAGCAAGCGUGUGUUGACCCGACUCAAAACACAUAUGUCUCACGGGUGUGCGCUGGAGCUGGUGGUUGGCAACUCACUUGUGUUAUCGACGGGGUCGACGAGGCCUAGGGAGAGCACCCGAGGGUCCAUGGCCGCUGCCAGCAAGCGUGUGUUGACCCGACUCAAAACACAUAUGUCUCACGGGUGUGCGCUGGAGCUGGUGGUUGGCAACUCACUUGUGUUAUCGACGGGGUCGACGAGGCCUAGGGAGAGCACCCGAGGGUCCAUGGCCGCUGCCAGCAAGCGUGUGUUGACCCGACUCAAAACACAUAUGUCUCACGGGUGUGCGCUGGAGCUGGUGGUUGGCAACUCACUUGUGUUAUCGACGGGGUCGACGAGGCCUAGGGAGAGCACCCGAGGGUCCAUGGCCGCUGCCAGCAAGCGUGUGUUGACCCGACUCAAAACACAUAUGUCUCACGGGUGUGCGCUGGAGCUGGUGGUUGGCAGCUCACUUGUGUUAUCGACGGGGUCGACGAGGCCUAGGGAGAGCACCCGAGGGUCCAUGGCCGCUGCCAGCAAGCGUGUGUUGACCCGACUCAAAACACAUAUGUCUCACGGGUGUGCGCUGGAGCUGGUGGUUGGCAAGCUCACUUGUGUUAUCGACGGGGUCGACGAGGCCUAG